AGCAACUUCGAGGAACGAGAACGAGCCCCCCGAAACGGAAAAAUGAAAGCGAAAUUGAUUGUGGUAUUCUGGCUGGGUGCCAUAUUAGUCACUUUCCUGCUGGAUUUCGCCGAAGGCAGGCGACUUCUGAGUCAGCUGAAAGCCGAGGGCGAGUGUGAUUUCGACUUCAAGGAACAGCCGGAGGAUUUCUUCGGCAUGCUGGAUUCCCUGCCGCAGGUGCCCCCUGACGAGCCAAAGGAUGUCACUCAUCUUCAAGUGGAGACAGAAGGACAAUAUUCGGGGAGACGCCGGAAGCCGACGCACAAAUCGCGUAACAAAGCCCGGCUGAGAUUACUCCCGCCACUUCUCUGGACGGAUGAAGCCGAAGAUGUCCUUCAGCCGAGCAGGAAUCAAUAUUCUGAGGCGAAACCAAGGCAAAGGGUAAGGAGAGCUGUCACCGUGAGGAAGGAGAGGACCUGGGACUACGGGGUCAUUCCCUACGAGAUCGACGGGAUUUUCAGCGGAGCCCACAAGGCGCUUUUUAAACAGGCAAUGCGCCACUGGGAGAACUUCACUUGCAUCAAGUUCGUGGAGCGCGAUGCCAGUUUGCAUGCUAACUACAUAUACUUUACAGUCAAGAACUGCGGUUGCUGUUCCUUUCUGGGCAAAAGUGGCAAUGGUCGGCAGCCCAUUUCUAUAGGUCGAAACUGUGAAAAGUUCGGCAUUAUAAUCCACGAACUGGGUCACACCAUUGGUUUCCAUCACGAGCAUGCUCGUGGAGAUCGGGAUGAGCACAUCAUCAUCAACAAGGCGAACAUCAUGAGGGGACAGGAGUACAACUUCGAUGUCCUUUCGCCGGAAGAAGUUGAUCUACCUUUGCUUCCCUACGAUCUGAACUCCAUUAUGCACUAUGCCAAGAACUCCUUUUCGAAGAGUCCCUACCUGGAUACCAUCACACCCAUUGGAGUUUCACCAGGAACUCCCUUGGAGUUGGGACAGAGAAGGCGCCUCAGUCGAGGGGAUAUUGUCCAGGCGAAUCUCCUCUACAAAUGCGCCUCCUGCGGACGCACUUAUCAGCAGAAUUCCGGACAGAUUGUGAGUCCCCAUUUUGUGUACUCGGGUAAUGGAGUUCUUAGCGAAUUCGAGGGCAGCGGAGAUGCAGAAGAGGAUGUUUCGCCGCCAGGAUCAGAGUUCGAUGAAUCCCUGACCAACUGCGAGUGGAGGAUCACGGCCACCAAUGGAGAGAAGGUUAUCCUGCAUCUGCAGCAGCUGAACUUGAUGAGUUCCACGGACUGUUCGCAGGAUUAUCUGGAGAUCAGGGAUGGCUAUUGGCACAAGUCUCCUUUGGUGAGACGUCUGUGUGGAAAUGUCAGCGGGGAGGUCAUCACCACUCAAACCAGUCGCAUGCUCCUCAACUAUGUAAACCGGAAUGCGGCCAAAGGUUAUCGAGGGUUCAAGGCCAGUUUCGAGGUGGUUUGUGGAGGAGAUAUUCAGCUGACCAGGGAUCAGUCCAUAGACUCACCCAACUAUCCACUGGAUUACAUGCCAGACAAGGAGUGCGUGUGGCGCAUAACAGCCCCAGAAAAUCACCAGGUGGCUCUAAAGUUCCAGAGCUUCGAGCUGGAGAAGCACGAUGGCUGUGCCUACGAUUUCGUGGAGAUUCGGGAUGGCAACCAGAAUGAUUCCCGGCUCAUAGGACGCUUCUGUGGGGACAAACUGCCUCCGAAUAUAAAAACCCGCAGCAAUCAGAUGUACAUUCGCUUUGUCUCCGAUUCAUCGGUGCAAAAACUGGGCUUCUCCGCCGCCUUGAUGCUCGAUGUGGAUGAGUGCAAGUUCACGGAUCACGGCUGUCAGCACUUCUGCAUCAACACCUUGGGCAGUUACCAGUGUGGCUGUCGAGCGGGAUUUGAACUGCAGGCCAAUGGAAAGACCUGCGAGAAUGCCUGCGGAGGAGUAGUGGAUGCUACAAAGUCCAAUGGUUCGCUCUACUCACCUUCCUAUCCGGAUAUGUAUCCCAAUUCGAAGCAGUGCGUUUGGGAGGUGGUUGCCCCACCGAAUCACGCCGUCUUCCUAAACUUCACCCACUUUGAUUUGGAGGGCACGCGAUUCCAGUACACCAAGUGCAACUAUGAUUACCUCCAAAUAUACUCCAAGCUCAGGGAUAAUAGGCUGAAGAAGAUUGGCAUUUAUUGUGGUCAUGAUUUGCCACCGGUUGUGAACUCCGAGCAAAGUGUUUUGAGAUUGGAGUUCUAUUCGGAUAGAACUAUACAGCGAAGUGGUUUUGUGGCCAAGUUUGUGAUAGACUUGGAUGAGUGCUCGAUAAACAAUGGCGGCUGCCAGCACAGAUGCAAAAACACCUUUGGAUCCUACCAAUGCAGCUGUCGAAAUGGUUACACCCUGGCUGAAAACGGACACAAUUGCACGGAGACGCGUUGCAAGUUCGAGAUCACCAGCUCCUACGGACUCCUCCAAAGUCCGAACUAUCCAGAGGAUUAUCCCCGCAAUAUAUACUGCUACUGGCACUUUCAGACCGUUUUGGGCCACCGAAUUCAGUUGACUUUCCACGACUUCGAGGUGGAGAGCCACCAGGAGUGCAUCUACGAUUACGUGGCCAUUUACGAUGGCCGUUCCGAGAACAGCUCCACGUUGGGCAUCUAUUGUGGUGGUCGAGAACCCUAUGCGGUAAUUGCCUCCUCCAACGAGAUGUUUAUGGUUUUGGCCACCGAUGCCGGUUUGCAGAGGAAGGGCUUCAAAGCCACCUUUGUUUCCGAGUGCGGUGGCUAUUUGCGGGCCACCAAUCAUUCGCAGACCUUCUAUUCGCAUCCGCGGUAUGGGAGUAGGCCUUACAAGCGGAACAUGUACUGCGACUGGCGCAUUCAGGCGGACCCGGAGAGCAGCGUUAAGAUUCGGUUCCUGCACUUUGAGAUUGAGUACUCGGAACGGUGUGACUACGACUAUCUGGAGGUCACCGAGGAGGGCUACUCCAUGAACACCAUACACGGGAAAUUUUGUGGCAAGCACAAGCCGCCGAUUAUCGUCUCCAAUUCGGAUACACUGCUACUGCGAUUCCAAACGGACGAGAGUAACUCGCUGAGGGGAUUUGCCAUUUCCUUUAUGGCCGUGGAUCCACCAGAGGAUUCAGCGGGAGAGGAUUUCGAUGCAGUCACUCCGUUUCCGGGUUACCUCAAGAGCAUGUAUUCCUCGGAAGCGGGUAGCGAAAACCUGCCAAGCACCCAUAUCUUGCCGCCAAGCAGGCUAAUCUAAACAGAUUAUUGUUUGUUGUUGAAAUUUGUAAAUAAAUUGUGAAUGAAACUCAUUUCGA